UCUAAACCAUAAGAAACGAGCCUCCACAACUCUCUGAUAAUUGAAGUCACAGAGUCGCCUACAAAUUCCACAAAAUUUGCAACAAGCUUUGAUUCAAAGAAAUGGGAGAGGUUAAGUUGCUUGGCACAACACAAAGCUUUCCCUGCGCCAGGAUUCAGUGGGCUCUAAGGCUCAAGGGUGUGGAGUAUGAGUUCAUAGAAGAAGAUUUGCGAAACAAGAGUCCCCUCCUUCUCAAGUAUAACCCUGUCCACAAGAAGGUACCAGUGCUUGUGCACCAUGACAAACCCAUCGCCGAGUCGCUUGUGAUCCUCGAGUACAUUGACGAGACAUGGAAGGAGAACCCCUUGCUUCCUCGGGACCCUUACGACCGAGCCAUGGCUCGCUUUUGGGCUAAAUUUGUUGAUGAGAAGGUUGUGAUCGCAGUAUGGGGAGCUUUCACAGCCGAAGGAGAAGAGAAGGAGAAGGCUAUAGAGUCUGCACUAGAACCACUAGCAAAUCUUGAGCAGCAGAUUGAAGGGAAGAAGUUUUUUGGUGGAGAACAAAUAGGGUACCUUGAUGUAGUAGUGGGUUGGAUAUCACAGUGGCUCAAUGUGAUGGAAGAAGUUGGAGGCAUGAAGCUACUUGAAGCUGAGAGGUUCCCAUUUCUCCAUGAAUGGGGUCAGAACUUCAUCCAAGCUCCGGCGAUCAAAGAAUGCAUUCCACCGAGAGAAAAGCUUGUCGAAUAUUUCCAUUUUAGCCUGAGUUACUGUCGACGUUCCUUAGCAGCCCAUAAACCAUGAUCUCAUUCCCCAUAUCAUUAAGCAAUUCU